UGUUGGAGGCUGGAGGCGGUGUUUUAUUGUAUGAAAUCAGUUUGGGAUCCGUUCGUUCAGUCAUGGCGUCCGGGAAGACGGUGGAUUGCAGCGCUUCCCGCGAAUAACCACCGAUAAACCGACUCAUCGCGACUAUAGCCGCUGCAUUGCGCUUUAUUUUCGCGUGAUAUCAUUUAACAACACAGUUACGGAGCUACCCAGUCACAACGAGUUUUAAUUCAGCAGUAAAGGUGGGUUUGAGCAGUAUGGUGGAGCCAGAGGAGCGGCCCUCGGUGGCAGGCCAGAGGCUGGGGGCCCCCGAGAGCAUGGGCAUCAGCACGCUGGAGCCCGGCCAGCGGCCUCCCACCAUGACCCCCGGCAGACAGGUCUCCAUCCGGGUCCAGAUGUUGGAUGACACUCAGGAAGUCUUUGAGGUCUCGCAACGUGCUUCAGGGAAGGUGCUGUUUGACCUGGUUUGUGCCCACCUGAACCUCAUCGAAGGUGAUUACUUCAGUUUGGAGUAUCAGGACCAGCGUAAAAUGACCGUGUGGUUGGAUCUGCUGAAGCCGAUUCUAAAACAAAUCAGACGACCCAAGAACACCAUCCUGCGGUUCGUGGUGAAGUUCUUCCCUCCUGAUCACACGCAGCUGUUAGAAGAGCUGACCAGGUAUCUUUUCGCCUUGCAGAUCAAGCAUGACCUGGCCUGUGGACGUUUGACCUGUAAUGAAAGCAGUGCCGCCCUGCUGGUCUCUCAUAUAGUGCAAUCUGAGAUCGGAGACUUUGAUGAAGUGCAGUGCAAACAACAUCUACUCAACAACAAGUACAUUCCCGAGCAGGAUGCACUGAUGGACAAGAUCAUUGAAUACGAUCGGAAACACGUCGGGCAAACACCAGCUGAGUCGGACUACCAGCUUUUGGAGAUUGCACGAAGACUUGAGAUGUACGGAGUGCGUCUUUAUCCCGCAAAAGAUCGCGAGGGUACGAAGCUCAGCCUCGCCGUGGCGCAUUCUGGUGUACUGGUCUUUCAGGGACACACCAAAAUAAAUGCUUUCAACUGGUCUAAAGUCCGCAAGCUGAGCUUCAAAAGGAAGCGCUUUCUCAUAAAACUGCGACCUGACUUAAAUAGUAGCUGUCAGGAUACUCUGGAGUUCAUGAUGGGAAGCAGGGACUGCUGCAAGGUGUUUUGGAAGAUUUGUGUGGAGUACCAUGCCUUUUUCCGUCUGUUUGAAGAGCCCAAACCCAAGCCCAAACCAGUUUUGUUUACCAGGGGUUCCUCCUUCAGGUUCAGCGGCCGCACACAAAGGCAGGUGAUUGAUUAUGUAAAGGACACUGAAUUCAAAAAGGUUCCAUUUGAAAGAAAACACAGUAAAAUCCAGUACAACAGCAGUCUUUCUCCAUCCCCACCCAGGCUGUGUGCCGAGGGUCAAGGAGAGAGGAAUGCCAGUGCUUCAGGACAUCAGAUGGACUCACCUAUUGGGCGCACCCAAGUGACUGUUGAAAACCCAGCUCUCCAGCGUUACACUGAGAGUCUAACCUCACAGACCAAUAGAUGCCGAAAUGGGACCCCUGAUGAGGCGGAUACUCGAUUAAAGCCAUCCCCAUCCAAGCAGCAGGCCGGGCAUCUGAGCACAGGUCUAGCAUCGCAUACUGCUAAGGGUAGCAGCUCCUCGAUACCUUACAUCGACUGCAGUGACAUAGAUAGCGAAUAUGAUGUGGUCAAAGGCCGUUUCACUAGGUCUCACUCCCAGACACAUGACAAUGAUGAGGUUGAGCCACCCAGCCAUACAGCAGGCAAGAGUAAUGGUUAUGGAAAUAGUCAGCACAAUGGACAAGGGGCAAACAAGUCUAGAUUUAGGGAGUCUUCUUUGACCAGCCAUUGGUUGGGUCAGAGUUCAGAUACCUUUACCAAUAGAUGCCGAAAUGGGACCCCUGAUGAGGCGGAUACUCGAUUAAAGCCAUCCCCAUCCAAGCAGCAGGCCGAGCAUCUGAGCACAGGUCCCGUUUCCAGGAGCCCUCAGCACAGCGAGUCUCCGUCUGCAGGCCAAGUGAUGGUGAACGGCCAGAAACCUAGUCUUAACCUAGGCCAAAGUCCAGAUGGACGGCAGCCUUCUCCUCUCACCAGCCCCUUACUGACCGACGCUGGCUUCAUCCGCACAGACGACGAGGACGAGGUUCGGAGGAAGAGGUUCCCGACUGAUAAAGCGUACUUCAUUGCCAAAGAGCUCCUGACCACAGAGAGGACAUAUCUGAAGGAUAUGGAGGUCAUUACUGUGUCCUUUCAGAAGUCUGUAGAAAAGGAUGAAGCCAUGCCGGAUUCCUUGAGGAAUCUCAUAUUUGCCCAUUUUGAACCGGUGUACAAAUUUCACGAGACCUUUCUGAAAGACGUGGAGCAGCGACUGGCUCAGUGGGAAGGCAGAUCCAACGCACACAUCAAAGGAGACUACCAGCGUAUUGGAGAUGUAAUGCUGAAGAAUAUCCAGGGUUUGAAGCUGCUGACGGCUCAUCUCCAGAAGCAUUCGGAAGCGUUGCUGGAGCUGGAGAGGAUGUGUCGCUCGUCCCGGAAGCUGGAGGGUCUGUGUCGAGACUUUGAGCUGCAGAAGGUCUGUUAUCUGCCGCUCAACAUCUUCUUCCUGCGGCCGCUGCACCGCCUCAUGCACUACAAACAGAUCCUCGAGCGACUCUGCAAACACUAUCCACCGACACACGACGACUUCAGAGACUCGCGAGCUGCGCUUGCUGAUGUUUCUGAGAUGGUUGUGCAGCUUCACGGCACCCUCAUUAAGAUGGAGAACUUCCAGAAGCUUCUAGAGCUCAAGAAAGACCUCAUUGGCAUCGACAAUCUUGCACUUCCUGGACGGGAGUUUAUCAGACUUGGUUGUCUCAGCAAACUCUCUGGAAAAGGUCUACAGCAGAGAAUGUUCUUCUUGUUCAAUGAUGUUCUGAUGUACACGAGUCGAGGGAUGACGGCCUCCAAUCAGUUCAAAGUGCACGGCCAGCUUCCUCUGUAUGGCAUGACGAUCCGUGAAAGUGAGGACGAGUGGGGCGUCCCACAUUCCUUCACUCUGUUUGGACAGAGACAGUCCGUCGUCGUGGCUGCCAGUUCAGCGUCUGAGAUGGAGAAGUGGGUGGAGGACAUCAAGAUGGCCAUUGAACUGGCGGACAAAUGCAAUGGCCCCUCGGCUGAGAUCCUGUCCAGCAGUUUCACUGACAGCAAAUCCCCUGAGGAAUCUAGUGCUGACCAGGAAUCAGAUGAUGACCUGAGCGCCUCACGGACGUCUCUCGAGCGGCAGACGCCUCACCGUGGUAAUACCACGGUUCACGUGUGCUGGCAUCGCAACACCAGCGUGUCCAUGGUGGAUUUUAGCGUAGCGUUAGAGAAUCAGCUGUCUGGGAAUCUGCUGAGAAAGUUCAAAAACAGCAACGGUUGGCAGAAGUUAUGGGUGGUCUUCACCAACUUCAGUCUGUUCUUCUACAAAACACACCAGGAUGAAUAUCCUCUGGCCAGCCUUCCUCUGCUGGGAUACUCCAUCACCAUUCCCUCAGAGUCUGAGAACAUCCAUAAAGACUACGUCUUCAAGCUCCAUUUCAAAUCACAUGUCUACUAUUUCAGAUCUGAGAGCGAGUACACAUUUGCGAGGUGGAUGGAGGUGAUCCGCAGCGCCACCUGCUCCUCCAGUCACAUCCGCUCACUGAGCCGCAAAGAGCCGCACGUCUACUGACCAAAGACCCUCGACAGCCUGCCUGAACACACACACAUGUCAGGUUCUCUAUCAGGUCCUCUCAACACACUUUAACAUGUUUCUUAUGGAAGUUUUUCGUGUGCUAUAUCGUUGUUUCACUUUAUUGAAAAAUUCAAAAGGCUUUGAAUGGGCUUAGAUGUAAAGUUUUGUAACGAGAAUAUGGAUUCAGUGCCAGGAAAUACACAUUAUCACAACAUCAGGUCAAAGAGAAACACUUCCAGUUUUGCAGUUCAUUUUAAAUUUGCAAAAGACACAAAAUCCUCGUUAGUAAACAACAGUACUCGUUCAUGAAAUGCAAGAACUGAUUUGUGUAAAUCAUUCGUAAAAUUUGUAAGAAUGCUUUCAGGAAUGAUUUAUUGAAUUGAAUGCAGUGGUUAUGUUGAAUGUGAUGAUUUAUUCUUUUGAAAGUUUUAUUGAUUUGUAUAUGAGAGUGUUCUAUAAAUGGUUUAUUGAAGGCUUUAGUGUACGUGAGACUGGUUAUACUGAAUUGAAUGUGACCGUUUAAGCUGAGAACAGUUUUACGAACAAUUUACACAUUAAUUUCUUGUUGGUGUUUCAUGAAUGAGGCCUAAUGCCUGUAAAAUUGGUCAGUGAAACAUCUCUGGACUGUUUUUAAAUGUAGUAACACUAGCCUUUUAUGACUGACUUCUGGUCUGAUGUUUUUAAAUGGUCAAUUAAGUGUUUUUUUUUUUUUUCCUUUACAAUUUGCCCUGAAUUUUUUAUUAUUGUAAUGCAAACGAAUAUAUAGUACAAUUGUUAGUUUACAUAAUGGUAUUACUUUUUGUGCAGAAUUAAAAUUUAUCUUUUUUUCAUUAAAACACUAUUCUAUCUUUUUCAGAAAAACAUGCUUGUUGAAAUAAGAUUUUUUAAUGCAUUUUUAGGUCAAUUUGCCCCAUAAUGGUAUUACUUGAUGUGCAGAAUUUAUUGAUUUUAGUUUAAAAAAAACAACUGAUUUUCACUAAUGUAUUACAGUAGUUUUUUGAGUUUGUCAUGAAAAUGUCGCAAGGGAAAAAAUAAAAUUUUUAAUAAUAAUAAUAAUUAUUGUAAAUUUUUUGGGGUGAAAUGACCUGUGCGUCUCAGCUCACACCAGUAGACCCAGUACUAUGGAUUUGUAAUGUUUUAGGUCGGUUUUACGGCACAUGCUGCCUUCAAGCAUUUGUACCACACUCAAACCUUUCUUUUGUAGGAUUUCAUUUUUAUACAAGUUUUGAUACUAACUGUGAACCACUCCACACUAGUUUUGUGAGGGAUUUACUACACAAUCCCUCAUAGUUAGCCAUUAUUCUGUCAUGGUACAAGAAAAAAAAAAAAAGAAGGAAGCCAGCUGCCUUUUGUCGAACUGCUUGAGUGCCAAAAUUCUUCUCUUUAACCUUUUUUUAAGCAUUUGGAGCAUUUUAAUUCUUUCUUAAUGCGCAUAUAUAUAUAU